UCUGCAAUCUCGUUCGCAACAGCCAACAGGCCAGCGACAGCGAUCAAGCAGCAAGCACGAACGCAUAGCAUCCAGCCUCUCCGGUGUGACAGGCCUUGCACUUGCACGUAUGGCCUCUUCUUCCCCCUGCUUCUCGCUGCUCGUGUUGUUGCUAGCGGCGCACUGCGGGCUCCUGCUCGCCUCGGCUCACGGUUACCCUGGCGGCUCAGCGCUGAGCUCCACGUUCUACGACGCGUCGUGCCCGAGCGCCCACGACGUCGUCCGCCGCGUGAUCCAGGACGCCCGGGUCUCCGACCCGCGCAUCCCGGCCAGCCUCAUCCGACUCCACUUCCACGACUGCUUCGUUCAGGGCUGCGACGGCUCGCUCCUCCUGGACGACGACCUCCCGGCGAUCCAGACCGAGAAGAACGUGCCCGCCAACGACAGGUCGGCGCGCGGCUUUCCCGUCGUCGACGACAUCAAGGCCGCGCUGGAGCACGCGUGCCCCGGCAUCGUCUCCUGCGCUGACAUCCUUGCCCUCGCGGCCGAGAUCUCCGUCGAACUCGCUGGAGGGCCACGAUGGAGUGUGCUGCUCGGCCGGCGAGACGGCACGACGACCAACGUCCAGAGCGCCGACAACCUCCCGAGCCCUUUCGACUCCCUCGACGUUCUCCAGGAGAAGUUCAGAAACGUCAACCUCGAUGACACUGACCUCGUCGCCCUCCAAGGAGCGCACACGUUUGGCAAAGUGCAGUGUCAGUUCACGCGGCAGAACUGCACGGCCGGGCAACCCGUGGAUUCACUGGAGAACCUGGACCAGGCGACACCCAACCUGUUCGACAACAAGUAUUACGGAAACCUCUUGCACGGCCGCGCCCAGCUCGAAUCCGACCAGGUCAUGCUGUCGGACCCAGCUGCGCCGGCGACAACUGCACCCAUUGUUCACCGAUUCGCGAGCAACCAGAAGGAUUUCUUCAGGAACUUCGCGGCGUCCAUGAUUAAGAUGGGGAACAUUAGCCCUCUGACUGGGAAGGAUGGAGAGAUCAGGAAGAACUGCCGGAGGGUCAAUAGCAAAGGUUAUUGAAGACUCUGAUUCAGAUUGAUGUUUUUAUCAUGUUAUGAUGUUGUAAUUUGUAAAUCAUCAUUAUUUCGAUUCUUUUCUCGGUCCUUUUUGUAAGUAUGAGCUGACCCCAUUUCGUGAAACAAGUGUGAAAAUGUUUCUUUGCA